AUGGAGAAUAGCAGUAUGGUCAAGAUUGGUCCAGUGGGGAAUGCAAACUACGGAAAUAUGUGGGAUGAGAAGGGUCGAACUGAAAUUGUUCAGAUUUUUGUUUCACACGAUACUAAAAUUCAUUCUCUUCAAUUUCUGUAUGCUAAUGAUGAUGGAGAAUUGGUGUUGUCAGAUAAACAUGGUCGCAGUACUGCAGGAGACAAUUUUAAUGUCGAGAGUCUCAAUUAUCCCUCGGAGUAUAUUACUUCUGUUAGCGGUAAGUAUGACAAUAUAUCUGGCAUAAAAUCAAUCACAUUUGGCACCAAUUUGGGAACACAUGGACCUUUUGGUGAAACUUCAGAAGAUGAUAAAGGGUUCAUGCUUCAUCUUGGUUCAAAACGUCAAUUUGGAGGAUUUCAUGGCACUGCCGACAGUUGGCUAAGAUCAAUUGGAAUUUAUGUCAAGCUAAUUUCAACUCUCGCGUCGCUGAAGGAAAAAGAAGUGCCUAAACUUCAUUGUCUCAAGAAGGACGACAUCAACAUUAUGUAA